GCGGCGUCGGUGGGAGCGGCCGCGCCGAUGUCGGGUCCGCGGGGCGCCCUGCAAGCCUGGUGCCGCCGGCAGUGCGAGGGCUACCGCGGCGUGGACAUCCGCGACCUCAGCGCCUCCUUCCGCGAUGGGCUGGCCUUCUGCGCCAUCCUGCACCGCCACCGCCCCGACCUCCUAGACUUUGAUUCUCUCUCCAAGGAUGACGUCUAUGAGAAUAACCGCUUGGCCUUUGAACUGGCAGAGCGGGAGCUGGGCAUCCCAGCCCUUCUAGAUCCUAAUGAUAUGGUCUCCAUGAAAGUCCCUGACUGCCUCAGCAUCAUGACUUACGUGUCUCAGUAUUAUAACCAUUUCAACAACCCCAGCCAAGCCAGCGUCCCUCCGUCUAUGAAGCACCCAACUGCUGCCUCCUCACCUCCUCUGCUGUCCCACAAGAAGCCUGUGGCUGUGGUUGAGAGUCCUUCAGCACCACAGGAUGAUGCCCCCUCGGAGCCACUGGAGCGGUCCCAGCGCACCACGCCCAGCAGUACCUGCGCAGCCUGCCAGCAGCACGUCCACCUGGUCCAGCGCUACCUGGUCGAGGGCAAGCUCUACCACCGCCACUGCUUCAGGUGUAAGGAGUGCUCCAGCACGCUGCUCCCGGGGUCAUACAAGCCUGGGUCAGAGGCGGGGACUUUUGUCUGCACACAGCAUCGUGGUAAAUUGGCCAUGAGUGGGAAGGCAGAGAGGAGGCCCAGCCCAGACCGACAGUCACCAGAGCUAAGAACUGAGACUGGGGCUGACAACAUGAGAGAGGAUGCCCUCCCUGCAGGAGCAGAGGUGGGGAAGGACAGUGGCAACUCCUUGGAGAGCAUGGCAGAGACCCAUACGCCUGCAGAGGGCCCGGCUGGCCCAGCAGAGAAGGACAGCACACCCAGCAAAGCAGAGACAGCAAUGCCCCCUGCUCACGCAGGCAGUGGGACACCAAUCUCCCAGACUCCUUCCAGACCUCCCCUCCCCAGCAAGCCCACAGUGCUCACCCAGGACAAAGCCAGCUCACUGGAUGGACAGCUCAGAGACUCGCGCCCCACCCCUGCCCCAAGGAAGGCCACCGAUGCCUCGGCCCUCUCCCCUCCAACCUCUCACCCCGUCCCCCGGCCCAGGUCCACUCUCCAGGGUGAGAGCAGCGAGGGUGGGCCUGGCAUAGUGAACGGUCGAGUACCUGAACCCAGUCCCCCUGUCCCAAAACCUCGAGGAAGACCCUGCUCCUCUGAUCGUGGUGGAGCUGCUGCAAGAGCCAAGGACCCACCAUGGAUGGCCUUAGUGCAAGCAGAGCCCAAGAAGAAGCCAGCUCCCCCUCCUCCCCCAGGCAACAGCCAUGAGACUCCAAGUAGGACUUCAGAGGAGGAGGAUGGGGAGGAGGUGGGGAAAGUCAGGAGUGAGGAGAGCAGGUCUGAUGCCACAGAGCCCAAACCUUACAACCCCUUUGAGGAGGAGGAUGAGGAGGAAGAGGAGAGUGCUGAUGCCCAAAAGAGCAUGCCUGAGCAGGAGCAGAGCGAGGCUGCUGCCAAGCCUCUCCACCCCUGGUACGGCAUCACUCCCACCAGCAGCCCAAAGACAAAGAAGCGGCCAGCUCCACGAGCUCCCAAUGCUUCCCCACUAGCCCACCACCCCAUCUCCAGGCUGUCACACUCUGAGCCAUCAUCCUCCACACCAUCUCCAGCCCUCAGCCUUGAGAGCAUCAACUCUGAGAGUUCAGCCAAGGUGCUGGGAGACACCGAUGAGGCCUCAGUGCCCAAAAGCUCCUCCGAGCCCACUGUCCACACACCGACAGCUGCCAAGACCUCUAGUGCUGAUACGCCGCUGGCCAGCGUCUCUUCCAGUGAAAGCCCUGCUGCCCCAGCCAGCCUCUCCACCAACUCCUCCUUCUCCUCCUCCAGCGAGCUGGCCAGCUUCAGUGGGGAGAUGCAGCCUAGCACCCCACAUGCCAGCAGGAGCGUCUCCACUGGCAGCUUAAAGACCAGCCCCAGCCGGCUGCCCCCCAAGCCUCCAGCUGGGGCCAGCCCUACACCCAUCCUCUUGGCUUCAGAGGGGGGAGCUGGAAGCCCCAAGACACCCUCCUCACCCAAACCACAGUUGAAGUCUUCCUGCAAAGAGAACCCCUUCAACCGGAAGCCAUCACCUGCCGCCUCCCCCUCAGCAAAGAAACCUCCCAAGGGCUCCAAGCCAGUGCGUCCUCCUGCACCAGGUCAUGGCUUCCCACUGAUCAAGCGCAAGGUGCAGACAGAUCAGUACAUCCCUGAAGAAGAUAUCUAUGGGGAGAUGGAUGCCAUUGAGCAUCAGCUGGACCAGCUGGAGCACCGUGGGGUGGCUUUGGAGGAAAAGCUUCGCAGUGCUGAGAAUGAUAACCCUGAGGACAGCCUGCUUGUGGACUGGUUCAAACUCAUUCAUGAGAAGCACAUGCUAGUGCGCCACGAGUCAGAGCUCAUCUACAUCUUCAAGCAGCAGAAUCUGGAGCAGCGGCAGUCAGAUGUGGAGUAUGAACUGCGGUGCCUCCUCAACAAGCCAGAGAAAGACUGGACUGACGAGGACCGAGGGAGGGAGAAGGUGCUGAUGCAGGAGCUGGUGACCAUCAUCGAGCAGAGGAAUGCCAUUGUGAAUUGCCUGGAUGAGGACCGGCAGAGAGAAGAGGAGGAGGAUAAAAUGUUGGAAGCCAUGAUUAAAAGGAAAGAAUUUCACAGGGAGACGGAGACUGAGAGCAAGAAGAAAGGCAAAUUCAAGCCCAUGAAGGUGCUUAAGCUGCUGGGCAACAAGCAUGACUCCAAGAGCAAGUCACCCAAGGAGAAAAGCUAGAGCAGGGGAACACCAGCAGUGGGAGGGAAGUGCUUGCCAGACAGCCCUGGCCUCCCGCAGCUGGCUUGCCUCUCUCCCUGCUCCCUCCCCAGGGAGACGCCAGCCCACAGCCCAGAGUGGGGGAGUCUGACCAAAGUGCUCCCCUUCCCAAGGCUGCAGAGGGGCACGGCCAUCCCCUCCAUGAAGCCUUCCUAACGAGACGGGGAGAAGAUGGAUUUGCUUCUCAGACACAUUAUCCUGUUGCACGUUCUUGUCGUUAACUGAGAAGCAAGCCAAGGAGUUUUGUGUUUGUGGGAAAACUUGCACUAACUGCACCCCGUCCUUUCUCCUGCUCUAACUGUGACAGUUCCACGUGCCUCUGACUUUUGCCAGGACUGGGCCUCCCUGUCCCUCCCUGACUGCCCGCUCUUGUGCCCUUUCUGUCCCGUUUUUAACUUCGGGAGAAAACUCUGACAUUAGAAUCAGGAUUCUUUGGGUUUUACUGGCCUAAACUAAAAGGUUAAGAAAACACUCCCAUGUCACAAGGCUCUAGAGCCAUAGCCAAAAAAAUAACUGGUGCCCUAUUUAUUUUGAGCUGUCCCCUCCCUCGAGCGCCAGGGCUGGGUGGGCUCUGUCACAAGGCUGAGAGGACCCAAGGGGACAGUGUACAGCUGCUGGGACAUAGCGCACACGCUCUACUCAGGACCCCCACUGCUGCUAAACACCACUGCUGCCUUCCUGGGGAGGGAGGAACGUCCCUUUUCUGGGCAAGGACAGAAAAGCUCAAGACUGACUCAGCGCUGGCAAGGGGCACUAGGCUGUGUCCCUGCUCACCAGUGCCACCCAUGAGCGGCUGUGGAGAGAGGCGUGGUCACAACUGACCUUUACCCAGCUUCGUCGGUGUAUACUUUAAAAGUGUGCAGGUGUUGGCUGGUUAUUUUUUACACCUCCUUUACUAGAUGAAUUCAAACCCAUCCUAAAACUUUAAACCCCUUAUUUUAUUUGUUGUGUGUGUGCGUGUGUGUACAUUGGAGGAGGGAAUGGGGUAUUCUUCGAACCAUCCCUUCUUCCUUCCAUUUUUGUUUCCUGCCUUCUCUUCCAAGGCGAGGAGAAUUAUUUAUUGAAUUGUUGGAUCAGCCAGAAGUAGAGUUUCAUGGUUGUUUGGUUGGUCAGCUGUUCAUCAUGCCUUCUCAUUAGCAAAUUAGACAUAACCAGCCCUGAGCCAUCUGCUGCAGUCCCUUCUAAAAACCCAACAGGCUUUAGCCAAAAUGCUCUCAGAGCAGUGCCUUGCAAGGUGGCUGGCAUGGCAUUCUGGAAAGGGAUCCUCGUUUCCCAAAACCAGAGGGACCCAAGCCCCUCCUCAGCCCCAGUGUGGCCCCCGUGGCUGGGAGCUGGCCAGCUCAGCCCUGCACUGGUGAUGCCACCUCACCUUUCCCUAUCCCAGCAGGCUGAUGAGGAGCAGUGGUAGGGGAGAGGAGAUCCCAAAGCACAACCCUUCUCCAAGGAGAAACAGACCUGCUUUAGAGCCUGCUGGCAUGUCACUGUUGCCAAAGGCCAUUGGGAUCACUGCAGCCUGACACCCCUUGGCCCCACGCCCAGUCAGAAGAUUGAUUUGUAAAUUAUACUGUACUAACUCCAUGACUUCCAUUCACCUGAACAGAAAUAAAAGAAACAUUGGAUUAAAAAAAUUA